GUUUGUAACUUACGUGGAGCCCUCUUAGGCUGGGGAGCAGAUGGCCUGGCUCCGUGCAGGCUCCCAACAUGUUGUCCGUGUCGCGUGUUAGCAGCCGUACAUGUGCGGGAGCUGCAAAGCUGGUUAGGCGCUCUGCCUGCGCUACAGCCCUGGGUAUUAAAGGCUCCUGGCGUAAGCAGGCAAGGGACAACUCUUGUAAUUCUGAUAAGAGCAACUGAGCUGAACCGAGUGAUUGUGCAUGUCGCUCUUCCUUUUUGGUCUAGAGGCAGUUUGUUAGUCCUUUGCUAAUGUAAUAAAUGACCUUGAAUGCCAUUCCCUAUUAUAGACCCUUACUUUUGCAUUAAACAGGCAGCUUUUUCUUCCUUGUAUACAUUCAUCUGCUUAUUUUCUUUUUGUGGAGUGUUUAUCCUCAUUGUUGUAAAAGCCAUUUCUUUUUAAAGGAAAAAAAUAAAUUGGUAAAAGCACUCAGGGUGUCACACCAAGUAUUUACUGUUUGUCUUGAGGGUGACUGUGGAGGACUUUGGGAUGAACAGGCACACACUGCAGGUACCGGAACUCGGUGGAAGACUGAGCAUCAACUCUUGCCAGUUGACAGUAUAUAAAGGAAAUUAUUUUGCAUGCUGUCCUCACUGGGAAGCUGGGGACUCGAGGCUUCAUGCAGCAAGUAGUGGCUUUUUACUAAAUUGAGACAUUUUUACAGAGCUGAUGGCUAUGUUAUUGCAGUAAUAUUUUCCAUGCCACCAUUUCCAGUUCCUCAGAAAUUUUAGUCUCCCCUGCUAUUCCUGAUCUAAAAACAUCACCCCACUUAAAAUGAAUACGUGGUUCUUAAAAGCUAAUCUGGCCUUAAAAUGGCUCGUUCGACAUCCCUCUAAUGCUGAAGCUUGCCUGACGCACCAGCCUCCUUGUCUGGCUCUCAGUAAGCUGCUGCAGCGCUGGAGGGGAUGCCCUCGCCCCAGGUCCCCCGGGCUGCUCCGUGUGACGGCUUAGCAGCACGUGGCUGAAUGCCUGAGCUCCAUGACCACGGCUGCUCUUGGGUCACGCAGAGAGAGGAGACCUGCGAGGUGUCCUCCUUGGCUGCGGUUUCUGCCUCUGUAACUGGAAAAAGUGCUUGCAAGAAAUCAGACAGCGGCGAUGAGCUACCUGGAUGAAGUUCCCUUCCGGAUGGCCAGGAGCCUUGACGGCGACUCAGGGGGAGAAAACACUUUAAUCACCGCCCCGGCCAUCGAGCUCCCUGACUGCGCCAACAUCCUCAUGAGCACCAUGCACGACUUCUCGCUGGAAAGAAAAGUCCUUUACUGGGUCGAGGUGGCCUCUCAGCAGCAAACCUCCCGGCAUCGGGUCACCUCCGAAGUUGUCCCCACAGCUCCGCCGUGCUGGCUGCUGCUGGUGGACCCUGCCGACAGCUACGGGGGGAGAGCGCGGGACGGGGCAGUGCGGCGCUGCGUCAGCCUGAGCGCUGCCGACGACAGCUACGGGCACCCCAAGGGCAGAGGUGCCUUGUCAGACAGCGAGAGCGAGACCUGGCACUCUGAGGAGGAUGAGUACUUGGAGGAUGAUGAGUACUCCUCCACCUCCUGGGAAGAGAACGAGAAAGAUGAAAAGGUUUCCAGGAGGAGAAACAUUGGGAGAGGUGUGGCUCCGCGUCCUGGCUUUUACCAGACCCGACCAAAGACAUCGCCUGGCUUGCUGGAGCCCUCGCCGGAGAACAGCAGCCACAACGCAGCCAGCCCAUACCCGAGCAAGCAGAGAAGAUCUAUGGUGAUAUUUAACAACAUGAAGAACGAGCUGGAAGCAGCCAGGAGGAAGCUGGCUGCUUUGGUGCAUCCUUUGAACAGAGCUGCCGGGGAGAGCAGAGGGGUCCCGGUGCCACGGCCGCUCCCCCAGCACCCCCGCACCAGCCGCAGUGUCAAGUACGGGCCAGCCCCGGACGUGUCCCACCUGGGGACCUUGGUGCCGGCUCCUCCGGCCACGGCCGCCCCGAUCCCCCCGAUCAAACGGCAUAAGCCCACGGUGCCGUCCCUCAGCCCCUACGCCUGCCUCCCCCCUGCCUCCACGCCUGUGCGACCUCUCAGUUCCCACAGAUCCAAGCCGGAUUCGGCAGCUGACCUGCUCUCGGCGCUGAGCCAAGAGGAGCGAGACCUCAUUGAGCCCGUGAUAGCCUUGGGCUACCCUACCCACAAAGCCAUCCUCACCCUCCAGAAGACUGGAAAGCAAAGCUUAAGUCAGUUCCUGAGCUACCUGGGUGCCUGUGACCGGCUGCUGAAGCAGGGCUACGAGGAAGGCCAGGUAGAGGAGGCCAUGGAAAUGUUCCAGUACUCGGAGAAAAAGGCAGCUGAAUUUUUGCAUUUGUUAGCUCAGUUUAACGAUAUGGGUUUCCAGCAAAAUGAAAUCAAAGAAGUUCUUUUGCUUUGUGGGAAUCAGAGGGAGAAGGCACUGGAAGAGCUCGUGAUGAAAACCCAGUGACCAGCAUCCUGGACCCCAGUCACAGCUUCCCCUCUCCAAACCAGACCACUGAAGGACUCGGGUGGGUCGGCAAGCACUUACCCUUCUGCUGCUCCAUCCCCACCCCGCGCAGCACGGCUCACCGGGCAUAAACCUUCAAAGCACCGGCUUGGUGUCUCGUCUCAUUUUAUGGACACCCAUCGUAAGCGUGUUUGUCACUGUACUAAGGCAAAGGCUUUAUAGCACGAGCAUUUCUCUCUUCACCCACGCAUCUCCACCCUUGAUCAUCUCAGCUGUUUAGAUUAGAUGCAAUAAGAUCCAAACCGCCUUCAGCUUAGAUUUUGCAAAACCCAAAUCACAGUUUUCUCCCUCCACCUGGGGUGAUGGGUGUCAUGUUUUCAACUACAAUCAAAUAUGGAUUCUUAAAAGAUUAUAUAAAUCAACAGAAGAGAUUGUUUUCAUAAAAACUGAAGGCUUCUGCAGAAACAUUUGUUGGUCCUUGCUUGGGAAGAGUCUCAGCUGAGUUAGUCAUGGUUGAAUAUUGUAAUUGAAAUCCAGUCUGAUCACAUUAGCUUCUCCUUUUAAACGAGAAACUUGAGAAAAAUACACAAUUCAGUGAGGGUGAGGAAAGAAAACAGGCUGCCCUUGCUCUAGAAAUACAUGAAGCUUGUCCAGUGCAAUGAAAAAUGGCUUAUGCAAGGGUUUGUGCUCGGGUAAUUUCAUGAAAUCAGAACAGAGAGACAGGGAACAGAUUGGCUGCCCUUGUGCUCUGCCCAAAUCAGGAAAAUUCAGGGGAUGCUUCCCUAAACUGUGGAGACAGUGGCUCCAAAUGAAGUUAAGCAUGAGCGUCAGGAUCAGGAAAAUCUAGAUGCCCAGGGGAAUUUUUGUAUGUAACUAAAGGACGGAGAACAGGAGAUACAGAUUACCUUACAGGAUGUGUCUCUUGGCUUGGCAGUGGAACAGUGGACAGUGUUUUCACAUAAAAGUGUAUUAUUUUCCUGUGAAUUAGAUACAGAUGCAAUUUCUUUGAGUAAGGAUGGUUGGAGGGGUUCUUCUGAAA